AUGACCCAGGAGUACGACAACAAAAGGCCAGUGUUGGUUCUUCAGAAUGAAGCACUCUAUCCACAGCGUCGCCCCUACACCAGUGAAGAUGAAGCUUGGAAGUCUUUUCUGGAAAACCCUCUCACUGCAGCCACCAAAGCGAUGAUGAGUAUCAAUGGAGAUGAGGACAGUGCGGCUGCUCUGGGCUUGCUCUAUGACUAUUAUAAGGUUCCCAGAGAGAGAAGAUUAUCAACAGCAAAACAAGAUGUUGAACAUCCUGAUCCAGAUCACAACAAAAGAAACGGCAUACCAAAUGUGACUGAACAACCCCUCAUUUCUGCUGGAGAAAACAGAGUGCAAGUUCUGAAAAAUGUGCCAUUUAACAUUGUCCUACCCCAUGGCAACCAACUGGGCAUCGAUAAGAGAGGUCAUCUAACUGCCCCAGAUACAACGGUCACUGUGUCCAUAGCGACAAUGCCUACUCACUCCAUCAAGACGGAAUCUCAGCCACACAACUUUGCUGUAGGAAUUCCCCCAGCAGUUUACCACCCUGAACCCACUGAGCGUGUAGUGGUGUUUGACCGCAGCCUUAAUCCUGACCAAUUCAGCUCAGGUGCUCAGCCCCCAAAUGCUCAGAGGCGUACUCCAGACUCUACCUUCUCAGAGACCUUCAAGGAAGGCGUGCAAGAGGUUUUUUUUUCUUCAGAUCUCAGUCUAAGGAUGCCUGGCAUGAAUUCAGAGGAUUAUGUAUUUGAUGGUGUCUCUGGGAACAACUUUGAAUAUACUCUGGAAGCCUCAAAAUCCCUUCGACAGAAGCCAGGAGAUAGCACCAUGACGUAUCUGAACAAGGGCCAGUUUUACCCUGUCACCUUGAAAGAAGUGAGCAGCAAUGAAGGAAUUCACCAUCCCAUCAGCAAAGUCCGGAGUGUGAUUAUGGUGGUAUUUGCUGAAGACAAAACUCGGGAAGAUCAGCUAAGACAUUGGAAAUACUGGCACUCCAGGCAACACACUGCCAAACAAAGAUGCAUUGAUAUAGCUGACUAUAAGGAAAGCUUCAAUACCAUUAGUAACAUUGAAGAGAUUGCUUAUAAUGCCAUUUCUUUCACUUGGGACAUUAACGAUGAAGCGAAGGUUUUUAUCUCUGUGAACUGCUUAAGCACAGAUUUCUCCUCUCAGAAGGGUGUCAAGGGGCUACCCCUUAACAUUCAAAUUGACACAUACAGCUAUAAUAACCGAAGCAACAAACCUGUUCACAGGGCCUAUUGCCAGAUCAAAGUCUUCUGUGAUAAGGGAGCUGAACGGAAGAUCAGGGAUGAAGAACGAAAACAAAGCAAAAGAAAAGUUUCUGAUGUUAAAGUGUCUGUGCUUCCAUCCCACAAAAGAAUGGACAUCACAGUUUUCAAGCCUUUUAUUGAUCUCGACACUCAGCCUGUUCUCUUUAUCCCUGAUGUGCACUUUGCCAACCUUCAACGUGGGGCUCAUGUUCUUCCUAUUACCUCAGAAGAGCUGGAAGGUGAAGGGUCUAACAUGAAAAGGGGGCCAUAUGGAACUGAAGAUGACUUUACUGCCACACCUCCUGCUAAAAUGGCCAGGAUAGAAGAACCAAAGAGAGUACUGCUCUAUGUUCGGAAGGAGUCAGAAGAAGUUUUUGAUGCACUGAUGCUCAAGACUCCAUCAUUGAAAGGCCUAAUGGAAGCUAUAUCAGAUAAAUAUGAUGUCCCUUAUGAUAAAAUUGGAAAAAUCUUCAAGAAAUGUAAAAAAGGAAUCCUGGUGAACAUGGAUGAUAAUAUAGUGAAGCACUACUCUAAUGAAGACACCUUCCAGCUGCAGAUCGAGGAGGUGGGGGGAUCCUACAAGCUAACUCUUACUGAGAUCUAA